ACCGAACACGAAACUCCGUGCAUUCACACGAAUGAGGAGUCAUAACAUUUAAUCGGAUCUUUCGAGGUCCCGCUGCCUCUCAGCAUUAAUGGAUGCGUGAUUUUGAAAGCAUACGAAAUUUAAAGCGGUUAUUCUUGAAAUAUUGCUUUUUAAGGUUUUUAUUUCUACCGAAAUUCGUCGCUUCUUUUAAAACGAUGCUCGUGGAUUUAUAAAUCGCGGAUAUAUGAAGGCAUGCAUAAUUGUGAAGUUAUGGAUUGCGCUGGGAUUUAAACACAACACCAUGUUGGAUCUGGACCUACAUUGUGUUCUAUGUUGAAUAUUUCACUCUGAAACUGUCCCUCUGUGAGAGUCAUGAUGGCUAAGCAUUGUCAUAGUGAUGACCUGAGUAAGAUCCCUGACGAGGAACUGCUCAAAUGGAGCAAAGAGGACUUGAUCAAGAAACUGAGAAGAGUCGACGGUGAGAAGAUGAGCCUGAUGCUUGAACAUGGCAACAUGAUGAAGGAUGUCAACCGCAGACUGCAGGUGCACCUCCACGAAAUCCGUAAUCUAAAGGAAAUAAACCAGAAACUGCAGGAUGACAACCAGGAGCUCCGGGAGCUCUGCUGCUUUCUGGAUGAUGAUAGGCAGAAAGGCAAGAAGUUGUCGCGGGAAUGGCAGAGGUUUGGGAGAUAUACAGCGAGCGCUGUGUUGAAGGAGGUAAGCACCUAUCAGCAGAAACUCAAGGAACUAGAGGUCAUCCAGCAGAACGUUCUGCGGGAGAAUGUAGAACUAAAGGAGAUCGUUCUCAUGUUGGAUGAAGAUAGGAAUGGAGCUGGAUCUAGGAGUUCCAUUGACAGCCAGUCCAGCCUGAGUAACCUCAAUGGAGGCUCUGGCACUGUUAGAGAUAUUGGGGAUGGGAGCAGUACCUCCAGUGGUGGAAGUGCUGGCAGCCCAGACCACCAUCAUAACCAUAUACACAAGGGUGUAGAGACCAAAAUAGGCACCAUAAGACGUUCGAUGGAUGAUCUCUCAACUUCACAUCACCAUAGGAGUAUUCCCAAUGGACUCAAUGAUGCAUCCUCAAACUAUAUUCAGCAGUUGGAAACCAAGGUCCGCAUUCUAGAGGACAAAAACAACAAACUUCUGUCACAACCCUGUGGCCGUUAUAGCUUAUCAAAGAUACCCAUGAAGUGUAAUCCUGGAGACCUGCGAUCCCUCCGGAAGGGCAUGACCCUCUACCACUCAGAAUCCCAGCUGUCCUCCCUCCCCCAGCGCCAGGAAGCCCUGCUUAAUGGGACAGGAAGGCUACAGACCAGUGAGUCUUCCCCCUCCACAGGGUUUCUCUCAUCUGUACAGAAACCUGAGGCUGUGGUCCAUGCCAUGAAGGUUCUGGAGGUCCAUGAUAAUCUGGACAAGCAGCUUCUUGAGGAAAAUGAGGAAGACCUGAGUGAGAAAGAAAAGGCUAUAGUGCGAGAGAUGUGCAACGUGGUAUGGCGUAAGCUUGGCAACACGGCAGGAUCAAAGCCGUCCAUCCGACAGCAGCUCUCUGGGAAUCAGCUCAAAGGUCCUUUAUAGCAGCUGCAAAACAUGAGGAACAUCCAUCUUUCUUUUCAUCCACCAUCAAACUCCAGCAAGGAAAAACUCAGAAAUUGAUCCCAUCAACAAUGAGGAGCACAUACACUUCUGUCCACUACUGUCUUUCAACUUGUGAUAAAAGCAAAAAUCCAAUUUUUUUUAGAUGGUAGAUAUGCUUACUACAAAUUAAGCUCAAUUAAUUAAUGAAGCUUAACUUGAAUAUUCUUAUAAUUCCUAUAAUAUUCCUAUAAUAUUAAGAGCAAUAAUAAGCAUUGAAUUAAUGUUGUUUCAUCGUUGAAUGGAUAGUUCAGCCAAAUAUUUAAACUCUGUUAUUGUUUACUGAGACAUGGCAGAAUGUUAGCCUCUGUCACAUUCACUUUUAUUGCUCCUUUUUACCUCAACAUUUGCCUAACAUGUUUUUGUUUCAUCAAAGAAAAUCAUACGGGUUAUUUUUUGUUCUUUAUGCAUCUCAUUUAAUACGACUGCCAGCUUGUUGUAUUCAGUCAGCUUGACUCAUCUUGAUUACCAUGGUGCAUAACAGUGAUAUACUGUAACUAGUUUGUCCUGCCAAUCUUCUAUAUUAAGUUUGGUUCACGAAACUGUAAUUUACUCCUUUCAGUACAAAGUGGGAGAUGGCACAUUCAGAAAACGCCCAAAUCACUCCACUGUGCAAUGGUGCCCUUCCCUCCUGUGCAUCAGAAAUGACUCUGAAAAAUUGUGUAAGAUAUGUAAAAAAAAGAAAAACUAAAAAAUAUGUAAUCACUUUAUUGUUAUGUCUUUUUAACCUUUUUCUAGUUGCUGUUUUUAGUAAGACAACUCAAUAAUAUAUGGAGUUUCUUAAAAGUGCAACACUUUUUAGAUGAUACAACAGCUCUUUGUUCUAGUUGUGGCAUGAAGCAAAAUGGCACUCUCAACCAAAAUCCAUUGAUUUUUCUAUGUUUAAGAUGUCAUAUUUUUAAACAGUAUGCUGUGCAUGCUUGACAAUCACGUCUCUCAGGUCUGGGGAAUGACACGAGUACAUCAUAAUGUGUUAAAACUAUAGAUUUGUCUUUUUCCAGCCCAUCUUUGUCUAUUAGAUCCUUGCUUACAAUCAGUUGAAAACAACUGUUGACACUUGCUGAAUCUAUUUGAAUUAUUCUGUUACCAGUCAUGACUAACAUUUUGACAGAAAUCAUUUUGGUAACCUAAUGAUGAAGGAAUUGGACAUUCAACACAAAUGUUGUUCAAACCUCGGGAAUAACAGUUGGAGACAAAGGAGAAUUAAUCUUAAGGAUUAAAAUGUGAUCAAAAUCCUUUCAUUGUGCUCUUGAGCAAGAUGCUUAACUAGUUGUCACAGGGGGACUAUUUAAUCCUGUAAUAAGUAAAUUGAUUGGGAAGGAAAAACUCUUUAAUUGGCUAAAAAAAACAAGUGUGACAGGGCGGAGGGUGGGGACGGGUCAUGAUUAUACACACCUGGUCCAUAAUUAGGCUAAUUAAGCAUUGUGUGAUGCGAUGAGCGAGCGAUCGUUUACGGUCAACUGACCGCCAUGUGUGUUUGUUUGUUUUUGUUCAGUUUUAUAUUAAAACUUUUAUGUAUAUUGUCAAGCCGGCUCUCUCUCUGGUCGCACCACCUUCAGCAGUCGCCCCUUAUCCCUCUCAGAGGCUUAAUUAGCCUGAUAAGGGACCAGGUGUGUAUAAUCACGACCCGGCACCGCCCUCCGCCUUGUCACAACAAGCAUUCCAUACUUAAACAGCAAUCAAUGCAUGCUGACGGCAGUUUCACAGAGUGUCUUCUAAGAAUUUUCUGGAUUUUUCUUUUUCUUUUUUUUUUUUUUUUACUGUUUUUAACUAUACUAAGCUAAUCAAGUCCUUAAACAGGCAUACUUACAAAUAAAGUAGGUUAUGUUUGGAAUGGAAUACUAGCUUGAUGUUUACUGCAUACUGCGCAAUAUAUGCUGCACCUAAUACUGCCUAUUAAUAAAUAAUAAUAAUAAUAAUAAUAGGCCUACUGUAUGUGGUGCACAUUAUGCAACAAUUAAAAUGUCAAUAGUAUGUUAUAUUGUUGUCUUAUGAGAUACAUGCAUGUUUGAUUUCAGGUAGUGGCACCCAGUUCAUCUUCUUAGAAAUAAAAUAUAAUUCUUUAUAGUUCUAAUUUGGUGUAAAAAUAUCAACUUUUGGUAGUCUAAUAAAUGAUUCAAAGAAAAUAAUUCAGCUGUAAUUACUUCUGGAUCAUUCUUCAUGCGGGAAAAGGAAGGUCAAGUCAAGAACAUCGCACUGAAGUAGUAGUAUGUCAUUCCGAAGAUAGCCAACAAGUCUGUUGGUUAAAGGGUGAAGUAUGGUGAGAGGAGAUGACACGGCUCUUUAAACACAGAUCACUCAAGUGUUUUCUCUUUAAGGGAGAGUGCAUUUGAUUGAGUAGGCCUAAUGAAAAGAUUUGCAGGCAAAUACAAUAGACAAGGGGCCCUUCCUCUUAGGAAACGGCCUGAACACAGCCAUGACUUUUAAAUUUUUUCAGCAUGUGCUGCCUGUUUUGUUCAUGAGGUUUUAUGUGGAACCUAUGCGCCUGUUGUUUUACUCUGUGUAAAAUCGUCUAGGUUUAUCUUGUCUUCAGUUUUAAUAUCAUGUCUUAUAAGAGCAAGCAUGAGUGCUGAAUCUCUCUACAUUCCAGGAGAGAUCAGACUGAUAUUUUAUGACAAACAUGUAAAGAAAAAGUUGUAAAAAGUGCCCAAUUUUGUCAAU